CAGUUUAGUCUGUAGGACUGCGAGAUAUUAGAUGGCCAUGGGUGUACUGCGGUGCUGUUUCUUGUUGGGCGUUUUCUGUAUUAACGGUGUUUUCGGUGUGCAGUGCACGGCUUUUGAGAGCACCUUCAGCAGCAACACCGUCACCUUCACCUGCCCCGAGACAUGCUGUACUUCCGCCUACAGCCGGAAGUGCUGUUCCAUAGAACCCAUACAUGGCUGGCUUAUAGCCAUGGCCAUCAUCAUCCCCUUGCUCGUCCUCUGCUGCUGCUGUGGCAUCAUCAUCGCCGUCAUCAAGUCGUGUACCAGGACAGGAAACAAAGGCAGAGUUAUCGCCCCUGUGGCGCCUUACACCAUGCCCGCGCCGCCGGCAUAUUCCACUUACAAUGCCACACCUCCACCGUACACGAGUACUCAAGGAGUCUAUAGUUCUUCUAACACAACCCAGUUACCCCCAGCCGUAGCGUUUCCCCCUGUGGGACCAACACCUAGUGUUCCUCCGGCGUCAACAACCGCCACAUCACAUCCACCCCCGUUAUCCACGACUGAAACGUCUCCUGCUGUUGGUCCAACACCUAGUGUUCCUCCGACAUCAACAACCGCCACAUCACAUCCACCCCCGUUCUCCACGACUGAAACGUCUCCUGCUGUUGGGCCAACAUCUGGUGUUCCUCCAGCAUCAACAACCGCGACAUCACAUCCACUCCCGUUCUCCACGACGGAAAAUUUUCCAUCAGGAAGUGUUCCACCCGCAGGCACGACCACUACCUGACGUCCUGUUCGACCAAAUCUUUGGAAACUCAAUCUAGAGACGCCUUAAUCAACAUCAGUACAUCAAUCGCAUUUUGUUUAAGACAGCAUUAUCAGAUAAGCCAUACAAUUAAAAACAAACUGACCAUUUUAAUUCUUGUUUAAUUUAAAGUCAUACUACAAUGAAGAUAUUGAAGUUAUACGCAGCAAGGAGAAGACUUCACUGCCUAAAAGCGCAACUGAAGAAUCAGAACAAAACCUGGAUUAUUACGACAUUUAAUGUAAUAUGUUUAGUAACGCUGGCUGUUCAGAAUAUGAUUGUAGCAUGUCGUGCCAGUUCACGGUGGGUACCAAGGCUUGUCGUAACCGUCGACUAA